AUGCUUGCUCCACCUCCUGUUCCAUCCGUGUCGAUAUCUUCAGCUUCAGCUUCCAAGCCUUUAAACGAAGAAGAGAGCUUGAAAUUAUCGAAAAACUCGAAUAGUGCUACAACGAUCCCGGAGCCUACCGAUACAAAUUCUUCAUCUCCUUUGGUGGAUAAUUGUAAUAAUCUUUUGUAUGAUCUUGCAAACUUUGUGGAGGAUUCUCCUCCGACCCUCACCAAUACUUCUUUCUCUCCAAACUCGUUCGCGCUUUCCGAUAUGGAAUCCUCAAUGAAUGGAUGGCUUCACCCAUUUGCUUUUGACGAAAACUUCAACGCAAAUCCUACUCAAUUUUCUUCACAUAGCAUUAAUUCUCCCAAUUCGCUUGGUCAUUCUUCAAGUGCUUUACGUUCCAACUGCGAUUCGCCCAAUUCCUAUUAUAACGAGAAUUAUAAUUUUACAAAAGCAAAUGAUUUGGACGUAGAAUUUAAUUUCCAGCCUUCUAUAGAUCCCGUCCGUCCAACCGUCGACACCAUUGAUCCUUCCACUGUACGCACUCGUCCUCCUCAAGCGUCUUAUGAGAGCCAACCUGGAAAUCUUAAGCGUGAUGACAUUCUCGAUGGUGAUACUCAGUACGUUAAACAGGAACCUAGCUCUAAAAAGGCCAAAGUUUCUCCUCAAUCUACCGAGAGUGGCGUAAACUCUUCCGUCUCCUCUGGAAGCCCACGUUUUCCUGUUCUUGAUCCAAUGGAAAGCUAUCAAAAGGAUUCUACGUCUCCCGAAGUUAUAGAUCCCACCACCGGGAAACCAAAGAAAACAUCGCAUAACAUGAUUGAGAAGCGUUAUCGUACAAAUCUUAACGAUCGUAUUUGUGAGCUUCGUGAUGCGGUUCCCUCUUUACGCGCAGCCGCUGCUCUCCGCUGCGGUGUCACGUUGGAAGAAGAAGAAUUGCAUGGACUCGCUCCUGCAAGGAAAUUGAAUAAAGGCACCAUCCUGGCGAAGGCCACUGAAUAUAUUCGGCACUUGGAAUCCAAAAGUAAGCAGCUUACCAAAGAAAACAAGCGACUUUCUGAUCGAUUGGCAUUUUACGAAGAUCCAUCCAUGGCUCCCCCACCCUCUGACAACAACAACAAAUCCUCCGAGCCAGUCAAUGUCGUUUCAUCAGAGUUUCCUGUCCAAGAUCCUUCCCGGCGCCAUACUCCUCAGCGUACUCGUACCUCACCAACUCUUAAUUCCAUGGGUCGUACUGCUUUGAACGGAAUGGUCGGUUUGGGCCUCUUUAAUUAUUUCGGUGGUGGUAAUGAUACUUCUCAAUCCAUUUAUGGGUUGUUUGCUCUUCCCCCCUUCCUCACUUCAAUACCAUUUACGACAAUCACUUGGCAUUUGCUGAAAAUCGGGAUUGUGUUGUUAGGACUGUUUUACCUUUUGAAUGAUCGUCGACUUUUCAAGGGCUUUAAAUCAAAAGGAAAGUCCAAAGUUACAGCUAUGUCUUCUACAUCGCCGUCUUCUAUCUUAUUCAGGAAAACAAUGUUUGAAAAAUAUUGCUUAUUGGAUCAUUCAUCUUCCUCAUUAUCCCUUUUCUUCGGUUUGUUGAUUUUCGUUGUCAAAUCGUCUUUUAACUAUAUAAGCCAUCGAAUUAGUGGUCUAUAUGCCUCGUCCGAAACCUGGGUAUACAGCGAACAGCAGCUGGCAGAUAUUAGGAAUUUAGAAAAGCUGCUCGAUGCACAGUUAAUGGGUGGCGAUGAAAAGGUUAAUCACCUUCGUUUGUUUAUGGUUUUUGCUUCUUCCUUUUUCUUGCCCACUACAAGCCACACAUCAGCUCUUCAGGCAAUGUACGCUGAACUUAUAUUCUCAAACUCUCCGAUGCCAUCUGCAUUUGUAUCGAAAUGUGCUUCGUUUUUGUGGAAUCGUGCCAAACGCUUGCACAGUAGUGCGUCUAUGCAAACGGAUCUUCAAGAGCUUCCCGAAUGUGUCGUGAAAUUAAUUGAGACAUGUGAAGCAGAAGAUGUCUUUUCUACUUGGAUGGUUGAACGUUUGUGGACUCUCUCUAGAUGCACUCGCGAUUCUGCAAUGUUACCGAAUAGCAUAAUCAGCAAGCUUUCGGAUGUUGUAGUCAUGUCUCCUUUAGAAACCACUGCUUCUUGGUAUGCGGCUGAUUUGCUGGAUGCUUUGUUGAUGGAAAGUUUAGAACAUCCUAUAGAUAAAUCUGACAUUGAGAAGGUUCUUUCACUUUCGCCAAAGAAUUCUCCAGUAUAUCGUCAUGGCUUAGUUGCUAAAUUGGUUCUCUUUGAAGACGGUACUUCGGACUCUCUUACAGAAGUUUUGGCCGCAUAUAACACUACAUUGCAGCUUCGUGGUCAAGACAAGCGCAGCUACUCCAGUGUAUUAAACUUAAGCAGUAGUAAGUUGUUCACGAUACAUGCUUCUUUGGUUCUUGGAUUGUUACGUCUUGGUUUCUCAGAUGUCGCCAAGCGCAUGUAUAGAGAAAUUUGUAUUCCAGAGGACAAUUCUGAUAUUAGUAUGUUGUCGUUGGUAAUCGGUUGGAAAACACUGAAGGCCUUUUCGCCCAAAUGCACUUCGCAGAAGGAAAACGAUGUCGUUGAAGCUAUGGCAAUGUACGUUCGUGUUGGAAUUGGCUCCUUGGGAAUAGAGGAUCCCAAGAUUUGUCAUCAUCUUAUUUCAUCUUGUGUCGAGAUUGGAUCGCGAGUUCAAGAAGAUUUGGGUUAUGCUUCUGACUCGGAGAACGUAAGCGUAGCCUAA